CACACAUAUGCUAUAAACAAAAAAUAUUUUAUUUUAUGUUUAUUUCAGAUAAAGAAUCUACAUGCCAAGGCCCUGGAAGAAAGCAUACCUACGUCGCAGACAUCGGCACUGGGCCUUCAAAAGAAACUUGUCGGGCCAGUAGCACUCGUCAAGCUACAGAUUCUAACGCUGGAAGAACUCCACGUGUAGUCCCUGCAAAAUCUAAAAAAGACCAAGUUGACAUACAGUCUAAAGUAGCAGCUAAAACGAACCGCACACUGGAAGGUUCUUUAGGUAAACUUGCUGUUGGAUCGGUCGUAGAGGCACCUGACGGCACACAGUGGAAAGUAGUGGAAGUUAACAAUGCUAAUGGAGGUAUAGUUGCUGAAGUAAACGUUAUAAGAGACGUACCCGGUCCAUCUGCUUAUGCUAAACGAUAUGUAGUCGCUGGUGCAGUCUCGAGUUCAUGGCGUCUUAUCAUUGAUAAUGGUAUUCUAAAUCAAAUUCGAAAGUGCACUGAAAUUGAAGCUAGAAGAGUAUUGCAAACUAAAAACUGGACUUUGUCUUUUGCUGAGCUGGAAGCAUUUCUAGCUAUUUUGUACAUUCGCGGAGCUACUGAGUCCAAAGGCAUGGAGAUUGAUCUUAUGUGGUCUGAAAAAUACGGACUUCCAUUCUGCAAGAAUGUUAUGUCGCGUAAUAGGUUUCGCGAAAUUAUGAAGUUCCUGAGAUUUGACGAAAAAUCGACACGAUCGCAACGAUUGCAAACCGACAAAUUUGCCCUAAUUUCAGAUGUGUUUUCAAGAUUUGUUUCAAACUGUCAAACCAAUUACGUACCGGGUCCUCACAUUUCUGUCGAUGAACAAUUGUUUCCAUCCAAGACAAGAUGCCCAUUUACGCAGUUUAUGGCAUCGAAGCCGGAUAAGUACGGGCAAAAGUAUUGGAUGGCUGUUGACGUAGAUUCUAAAUAUGUAGUCAAUAUAAUUCCUUAUCUCGGAAAAAAUUAUGAACGUCCUGCGGAGGAGAGACUCGGAGAUUUUGUAGUCAAAAAGUUAGUAGAUCCGUACCUAAACAGAGGAAGGAACGUAACAUGUGAUAAUUUUUUCACCUCCUUAGAAUUAGCAAAGUUUUUGAAAUCAAAAAAAAAAACUAGCUUAGUUGGCACAAUCAACAAGGCUAGAAGGGAAGUGCCGAUAUGCGUAAAGAAAGUCAAAGAGAAACUUUACUUUACCAAAGCGUUCAAAAGCGAUGACACAACUCUUACAGUCUAUCAAGGAAAAACUAAAAAAAAUGUCGUAUUACUGAGCUCAAUGCAUCGUGAUAUCAGAACUGGAAACGAUAAAAAAUCAAAACCUGAAACUGUGGCAUUUUACAACUCGACCAAGUACGGAGUUGAUGUAGUUGACCAAAUGUGUAGAAAAUACUCCUUGAAAAGUGCUAGUAGAAGAUGGUCUGUUCAUUCAUUUUUUAAUAUUCUGGAUUUGGCGGGAAUCAAUGCUUGGGUCUUGUACAAAGAACUUACAAAAGAAAAUAUAUCAAGACGUGAUUUUCUUUUCAAGCUAGGCGAAGAACUUGCUGAAGAGUACGUUGAAAAUAAGAGCGCCAACGCUAACUUGCCUAUGACAAAUGCUGGAGGUUCUCGUCGGCGCUAUAAGGUUCAAACGUCUUGUCACGAGGGCAAAAGUGCUAACGAAUGCUUCACAUGCAACAGACCAGUAUGUAAAAAAUGUACUAAAAGAAUUUCGUACGUAUGCGUUUCAUGUGAGCCAGGUUCUGAUGAAGCAAUGUAAUAUUUUGUCCUGAUGCCAAGAAACCUAAAGAUGUGUUAUAGAUGCUUGAAAUUAUUAAUCUAGGUGUUCCUUUUGCUUUUGAAAAAAAAGCCUUGCCCUCUUCUUUUGGCCAUUUAGGGCUGUAUUGAUAUCGAAUUUUUGUAAUGGUUCUAGAGGGGGUCACAGACGCCCACGUAGACCAAAAGAACUAAGAACAAAAUAUUUGUUUCAUUACCCUUAAAACUAUACUUAUAACUUGAUUGUUUAAAUAAUUUAUAGUUAUCAGCCAGAGCAUUUAUCACUUAAAGCCCCAUACUGUUAUAUUAAUGCAAAGAAAAAUCCAUGGUAUGCGAUGUGGUAUAGAUAUGAUCGCGAUUCGUUUUUUUUAUUAUUGAUUGAGUUCUUUAUAAAGAUUUAUUGUUCUAAAUUAUGAAGUUAAUUAAUUAUUUUGCCACAAGAAACCCUUAGGCAAUAAUAAACAUGUCUAAAUAUGUACACAUAACGAAUGGGACAAAAUUGUCCCAUAUGGCGGUUUUAGUAAGGUUGAAAAGUCCGGCGGUUCUAGUACACACAUAUCUAGCCUAUGUUUGCCGAUGUAGUGAUAAAUUUUGAUUGAUCGUUAUUAGUCAUUACCGUUGUCAAAUUGCAGCAUUUGUACUUCGUGUGUCAUUGUGUGAAGGCAAAAUACGAGGUUUAAAGAACUGUCCAGGUAGCCUGAAAGUUGGCUGAUAUCUAUACGCCAUCGCGCUUGUCGAGAUAGCACUGUUUAUUUGCAUCGCUCCGCUAAUUCAGUUAUUUAUCCCGGUAAACCACGUACUAUUCACUGUUUGUGUUUGACCUACUAUUUGCUUAACAAUUACUGAUUAUUCACAAUAAGUUAUAUAAGUGAUCCCGCUCACCUUCAAACAUGAUCUGAUAUGAGAUAUGAGGUGCUGUUUUUGCCGAGUGUUAGUAUGGCGCCUAACUGCUCGUCCUGCGCGCUGCAUCUUAAUCUCCGGGAGGCAAACGUUAUCUGUUGCUGUUAUUGCGAAGCUGCAUUCCAUUUUAGAUGUGUUAUAGUGCGCGAGGAAUUGCUACGGGAAAUCAUGACACACAUUGAAUUGCAUUGGAGCUGCCCUGGCUGCUGCAAUGUCAAAAUCAACCCCCGCACUAAACCGCAAAAGCAAAUCGGAAUGCAAGUUGGUUUCCAAGCCGCUCUCACUGCAGCAGUCGAAACCAUGAAAGCGGCAGUUGUGGAACCGCUCAUCAAACAAAUGCGGGCAGGUUUCACGAUGCUCCAAUCCUCCAACACACUGUGUAGUAGCCGACCGCAAUCCCUACGCGGUAAAUAAUUACUUAUACGUAAGCUAUUUGCCGACGUCACUGCACCAACGAAGGCCGGUUCAAGUAACGCGCGUACAAAGAGUAUUUUUGAUGGUAACAUCAACUAAAACACAAAUGCUCCGAUGCUUCCGAACGCACUUAUUUGCACAAACACAUCACCCUCUUCUCAAUAGCAAUACCGGAAAGACCAAAAAUUGCCAGAGUGUUGCGAAAGCAACUUCGUCGGCUCCUCGACGAUAGCGAAAAUGAAAAGUAAUGACCGUUUUCACCAACGUACAAUUUGCUUUAUUACACCGGCUCGACCGAACGCAAUUAGUCACUUGUAGUUUUAAAAACGCGGUCUUUGUCGUUCGCUGAUAUUUGAAAGAGGCCGAUUAUCCUGCGCACGGUCUAUUUAAGCCCUUUCUUCCCGCGAUGGCCGUUGCGCCAUCGCGUUACGCAGCGAACGUUGCCCUUUUCCCCAUAUCCGAAUUUUCGAACAUCGAGUUUGACAACCGAGAUGUUUACAGCUAUCUCCUAUCUCCUGUCAUUAUUUGUUUGUUUUGGUUUGCGUGUGCCAUAAAAGAGGCACGCGGUUUGUCGGUACAGUUACAUGUAACACAGAGUGUGGAUCCAUUUAUCAAGGACGUUAAGCUGGAGCGCGUUCUAGAAGUGGUAAAACGCUGCCUUAAAACUGAUGACGCUAUUGUUUAUUUGUUUAUAUGUUUAUUUAUUAAUUAAUUAUUAACUGCAUCGAUCAUAUGAUCCAAUCACCUAUCUCGGCCAACAGAACACUUGAAAACAAUCAGUCGCAUUUGUUCAAAAGUGAAGUG